AUGAGUCGAAGUUUCUACCAUGGACUUUACUGGCUUUCCCAGGAAUGGAUAUCUCUACCGUCUCGUAUUCAGGAUAUGCUUUGGAUUAUUCAGGGCGUCUACUACCCCAUUUUGGCUGUCGUUGGCGUUCCUGUUAACAUCAUGACGAUAAUGAUCCUAUCUCGCAAAAAGUGUGGUCUCACCAAAUGUGUCUCCUGUUACCUAGUGGCCAUGUCAGUGACAGACCUACUGGUCAUUAUCAUCGAUUUGAUUAUGAGGCAAAUACCAGUCGUUUAUUAUGUCCAUUUCACAUUCCUGUAUUUCGUCCCUGUGUGUAACAUCCACGCUGUCAUGCUUCAUGCAGUCACUGACUGUUCCGUCUGGUUCACGGUCACUUUCAGCUUUGAUCGAUUUUUAGCCAUCUGUUGCCAGAAGUUGAAAAGCAAAUAUUGCAAUGCGAAAACAGCCGCUGUGGUUCUAGGUACUGUGACUGUGGUGAGUUUUUUCAAGAACAUUUUCUGGUAUUUUAUGUUAACAGAUCAGUAUUGGCUGAUGAACAGGCCCUGGUUUUGCCUUGUAACGAUGGAUGUUCGGAAAUCUCUCUUCUGGGUCACAAUGGAGUUUGUCCAUCACAUUCUCACUCCGGGUCUCCCAUUCAUAUUGAUUCUGUUGCUCAAUAUUUUCACCAUCCGACACAUUCUUGUGACCAACCAAGCCCGCAAGAGACUCGUUGGCCCAAGUGCCGGAGACCCAGAAUUGCAGAGUCGAAGGAAAUCCAUCAUUUUACUGUUUGUUAUCUCAGCAAAUUUUAUCCUGUUGUGGUCAAUGAUAAUGGUGUAUUCAAUAUGGUCCCGAAUGGUGUCCCUUGGCUUUUUUUCUAUCUGGUUGAACGAUUUUGCCCAGGAAUUAGGAUUCAUGUUACAGCUCCUCAGUUGCUGUACAAACACUGUGAUUUAUGCUGUGACACAGACAAAGUUCAGACAGCAGCUGAAAAGUGCCAUGAAAUAUCCCUUUACUUCAAUUAUUCAGUGCAUUCAAUGGUUCUGA